AUGUCUAUAGAGGAGCUGGUCAAGGCUGCCGAGGAAGAUGAUUCUGUUUUGCAGGUCUUUGUUAUCAGACAUGGCCGGACGCCUGAGAAUGACCGGCGGAUUAUCCAGGGACAUAUGAACACAUCGCUGAACGAAACCGGCCAAGAUCAAGCCAAAACCUGCGGCACCCGCGUCCUCACUCACGUCCCCUUCGACGCAAUCUGGUCCAGCGACCUCCUCCGCUGCCUCCAAACCCGCGAUCUCGCCCUCUCCUCUCACCUCACUUCAAUCCCACCCGCGCAUAUCCACGAAACCGACCUGCUCCGCGAGCGCGGCUUCGGCGACCUCGAGGGCUUCAGAGCGAACGUCGCGCUCGAGAUCUUGAAGCAACGCGGCCAGACUUUUGAGACCGCGGGGGAGAAGAUCGAGAUCUUCCAGGCGAGACUGGCAAUGGCAUGGGACGCUAUCCUAGACGAGGCGUUCGAGCACGGGUUUAAACGCGUCGCAGUCGUCACCCACGGAGGAAAUCUAGUCCACCUCCUGCGCAAGCAGCGCGGCUACAAAUUCGCAGACUCGAUCCCGACAAACCGCAUCUCGGGCCUACUCAACACCUCCAUCACAAUCAUCAACGUCACCCGCUCGACUAAGGAUAAAACCAUCAGCAGCGGUGCCAUCGUCGAGUUCAACAACGCGGAACAUUUACGUGAUGAAGAGGAUGCUACGUCAAGUGGACGGGAUAAAGUCGUUGAUAACUUUUAG